AUGAACUGGAACAACGGACAGCUUGCCCGCCAUUCACGGAGAAGCUACAACAAUGACACGACGAAGCAGAAGCAGUAUUUCGCCCAGGCCAAGCGCCAAAAGAUCACAGAACCCCGAAAACGAAAAUACAGCGCAGAAGAUUUUGUUCCAAGCUACCUUGAAGACUUGCCGGAGAAGGGGCAAAGACCCUCCCAGGAUACGGCACAGCCCAGAGAAUCAAGGCGCCGACUCUUAACAUUGCAAGACGCGCCGCCGACAGUUUCAAAGAGCGAUGCGAGCCUAGAAAACACGAGCUUAUCCUCUCACUUUACGGAACAAUACGAUACGAGUAUCGAUGCAAAGCGACGCAAAUUAUUGCAGCAGAGUGACUGGUCCGGCGUGGAGUUGCAGAAGCCAGUCAUUAUCAACAUCACCACGCCCAACGUAUACAGAAUAGCCGAGGCAUGUCAUCAGAGCAACCGGCUGUCGGCGCUGCCCUACAAACGCCCUGUGCCAGCAGCCCCGGAGGUUGUCGACGAGGAGGAUAACAUCAUGUGGAAGCGGUUCGUGCUGGGGCCGAGUCAACCUGUUGUUGUCGAGUCAGCUGCACAUUGCAGCCCUGACAUCCUAGACGCCAAGGAAUGCGACAGCCGGGGAAAACUCGGAGUGCAAGCAGCAGCGGCGGCUGAAGCACCGACGCGGAGCGCGAGCAGGCUACUCGACAAUGUGUCUCCGGUCCCUGACCCACCGCGGCCUCAGGGGCCCACUCCGGCUCCGGCUGGGUCAGCACCGCCACCAACCGUCUCCGCGGAAGGCCCCUGCGCGAGCCUAUCCAACGACCCCCAGAGAAUUAGUGACGAGGACGGCGCUGCGUUGGCCCCUGUUUAUUUCCGCGAGCAAGAAGAUAGCCUCGAAGCAAUGACCGCACACCCCACUGGAGAUGCAUUACUGGGGGCAAAGCCAGAGUCAACGACGUUCCACCCGCCGAGUUUGUUUGUGGGCAGGCUGGCCACCAGCGAGCGCGGAGCCAGCAGGAGAGCGGUGGUGGCGGCGGCAGCGCCCACCAGCGAACCAGCAACAGAACAGAGCAGCGCCAGAGCCAGAGCCAGCAUUAUCCCUGCGCGCAGCAAAGCACCUUCGGCGCGGGUGAUGAGCAGAAAACGACGAAACAAGAGGCGCGAGGACGGACGGCCUGACAUCAGAGCACUGCCCAACAUUCAGGGCGAUCCGAUUGAGUAUACGCCGUAG